AUGGGCAACGCACAAGGUGGAGAAAAACAACCUAAAACAGGAAAGUCUCCAGCAAAGGGCAGGCAUUUUAUGAGAAGCUUGAACAAAAGGGCCUCUGGAAGAGAGAAAAAGAGCCGUAAAAAGAGCACUGCGAAACAGGCGGCAAUAGAUAGGGAGUGUGAUAAGACUUCGGAAUCAGAUAACAAUGAAACGGUUGAGGCAUCUGAUAACGAUACGGUCGAGUGCGUGUUUAAAACAUCACGAGUGGAAGGGGGCGCGGAGUCGAGUGUUCAGUCAGAGGUAACGGUGACCAGGUGCGAGCCGAGCCCGCGGUCACCGACCCGCGACCAGUCUCCCGCCGCCGCCGCGCAAACCUCCUCACCCGCGGACCCAUCCACGUCCGAUUCAGUGUUUACAGACCCUCUGAGCCCUCUUACGCCGCUCGCCGUCGAGCUUAACCAAUGCUACUACUCCGCGGAGAGUGACAGCGCGCAAGACGAUCUCCCACGCACUCUCACCCCUCUCGACAUUAAUGCGCUCACGCAUUUCGACUUUUCUGACGGAACAACACCGGAAAUGCCGCACGAGGAAAAUGCCUCACGUGACGUAGAAAAAGAAAACAGUGACAUAUGCGAUGACAAAAGUGUCAGGGAUGAAAGUGUUAAGGUUAUGGGUGCAUUUUCAUCGAAAUUAAAGGAUGAGCCGGUUGAUCGAAGAACGCAUGAGUGCAGCCAUGAUUUCCUUGAUAACCGGCUGAAGACUUCUCCAGGACAAACGUCCUUUACAUUGUCCAGACAUCGGAAAGUUGAAUUGCCUCCUGUGGGUGCAGAAUCAUCACUAUCAGUACUAGGGAGCGAACCAGAUCGAAGACAUUCCAGUGUAAGCGAUGUUCCUUUGCCGGAGUCUAACGUGUUGAGAAAAGUGGCAUCUUUGACACUGGAAAAGCAUUCAGAGGUCAAAGUAGUUCGCCCCAAGUAUGUUCCCGAGAAACUGGAUUUCCAACUGUACGAAAAGUUCGAAGGACAGAUGCUUCUAAAUUGGUUCGUGUCAUCGUCCGAAGCAAACAUAGUGAAAAACAUCUCAAACAGCCAAGAUCUCCGUACUCUUGGUAUACAGUAUUGUACUCAUUUGUUAGCAGCUGGUGUGUUAUGUCAAAUAUCAGAUAAAGAUGCACCCACAGAAAAAAUAUUCAAGCCUAAUUUAAUGUACUACUGGGCACAUAUGGAGUCACCAGUUUCACAACCACAUGCACCAGGACGGCUGCACACAACAUCAUGGCCACCUCAUUUUGACUCAUGUUCUGAAAAAUUCAAUCUAAGUUGUCAGCCUCAAAAACAAUAUACUGCUAAUAAUUUUGAAGAAAUCAGAGAUAUCUCUGAAGCUAGACAAGUUAUUGCAGAUUUAAUAAGAAAACUGCAGGAAUUAGAAUACAAAUUAGAAAAUUCUAAGGAACACUCCAUAGGCAUAAUAAAUUUAAAAAAUGUGAAUUCAAAUAACUACUUAAAGGAUAGACAGAAAAUAGAGUUGAUUAGUCGUGAAAUUCAAACAAAUAAUUUAAAUAAUGAUGAUGGUAGGUUGGCUGGAAAAUCUGUGAUAUCACCUUUAAAACCUGAUUCUUUAAUAAGAACAAGUGUAAAAAAUGAUUGUAGUAUAGCAGUAAGUAAAUUAGAUCGAGAUAAAUGUGAUUAUGAAGUUUUAGGAGACCCUGAACAAAGAUCUGUUAAAAUAGAAAAUUAUUGUAAGUUGAAUAAGAGCCGAGAAUGUAAUUUAAUACUUAAAAAUGAUGAUUAUGCAGACAAAAGAAGUAGUAGUGAUAUAGUUAAUAAAUUAGAAAAGCAGCAAAUUAAUGAAACACAAAAAAUAAAUAGACUUUCAAGUAAUAAUUUAAAUGUGAAUGUGUUAAAUGACAGUUCUUCAGAUGCUUCAUAUGUCAGUACGACUGCUGAUGUUACUCUAAAUCAAACUAUUUUAACUGAAGAUAAAAGCCUAUUCAGAUCCCUCAGUCCUCCCCUGAUGCAAGUUUUAUAUGCAAAACAAGAUAAUAAUUAUGUUGCAUCAGAAUUCUCAUCAUUAGAUUUUACACAAUCUGAACAGAGCUGGAAAUCAAUUGAAGCUGAAAAAAGUGAUUUGUCAUUGUCAGGAAACAUGACAGAGAGUGCAAUUAAAUCAGAACAAAAAUCUGAAGCGAAAGAUAUAAAAUGUAUUCCAAAAUCCUUAUCAGAAAGUGAUAAGAGGUCAGAAAAAGCUACAUCAAUGUUAUCCACAUCAUCUUUAACUACAGAUGUCUCGAAACCUUUAGCAGAAAAUAUGGUGGAGCAACAACCGCCACCUAUGCCAGGAAUGUCUCCUUCACCACCACCUACUCCAGGAACAAAAUCCACCACUACAUCCACUCCUGUCAAUGAAUCUGUUCCUCCUUUGCCUGAUAUCAUUACAUUAAAUGCCCUAAUACCUCCACCACCUCCACCAACUAAAGGUAAUGAAGAACAUGUAACUCCAACCAUUGCACCUAAGGAGGCUUAUCCUUCAUUAUCAAGGGCCGAAGUAGAUCUAAGACAAGCCUCAGAAAAACAUGUUGUUUCCCCACAACCCCUUCAUAUUCCAAUACCAUCUAUGGCUCCACUAUCUCUGAUGCCAAAACUGGAUCUGGCUUCGCCAACCCAAAAGAUGUUAGAAUUGGCUCCUUUACCUCCACCAUUACCAAGUCUAGAUCAGCCACCGCCACCAAUUUCUGGUAAAGGACCCCCGCCUCCGCCGAUGCCCGGUAUGGGUCCUCCGCCGCCGCCAAUGCCCGGAAUGGGUCCCCCGCCACCGCCAAUGCCCGGUAUGGGUCCCCCGCCGCCGCCAAUGUCUGGUAUGGGUCCCCCGCCGCCGCCAAUACCCGGUAUGGGUCCCCCGCCGCCGCCAAUGCCCGGAAUGGGUCCCCCGCCGCCGCCAAUGCCCGGUAUGGGUCCCCCGCCUCCACCAAUGCCCAGUAUGGGUCCCCCGCCGCCGCCAAUGCCCGGUAUGGGUCCCCCGCCUCCACCAAUUCCCGGUAUGGGUCCCCCGCCGCCGCCAAUGCCCGGUAUGGGUCCGUCAUCAACACCUAAUGUGGGACCUCCACCGCCUCCUAUACCAGGUAUUGGUCCUCCACCCCCUCUCAUGACAGAAAUGGGACCCCCUCCGCCUCCAGGAAUUCCACCAUCACCCUCGGGACCUACACCCUUUCCGACACCCCCCGUUGGUGGUUGGAGUAUGCAAAGAUCCACUCUAAGAAAACCUCCUAUCAAACCAGCAGCGCCCAUGAAGCCUCUAUAUUGGACACGAAUUUUGGCAAAUUCUGUACAAAAUGGCCAAGGCGAAGUAGAUUCUGGAUUCAAACCAUUAUGGCUGGAAAUUGACGAAACAAAAUUGGACAACAUCGAUGAAUUCAUGGAUCUCUUCUCUAGACAAGUGGUCAAAGCCCCAGUAAAGAAAAAAGUAGAAGUUAAAACAAAAAUACAGCCAGUAAAAAUAUUAGACAGUAGACGAUCACAAAAUGUCGGUAUAUUCGUACAAAGUUCGCACUUAGAGUUUUCAGAGAUUGAAAACGCCAUAUACAAUUUUGAUACGUCGGUUGUGAGUUUAGAAGUAUUACAACAGAUGUAUGAGUUGCGCGCAACUAAUGAAGAAUUAGAAAUGAUAAAAGAACAUUUGACAAACAAACCUGAAAUACCGUUAGAUAAGCCCGAAGCGUUUUUACAUGACCUCUCUGGAAUACCAAAUUUUGCGGAGCGGAUAUCAUGUUUUAUGUUCCAAGCGGAAUUCGAGGAUGCUGUAAACACAACUAUGCAUAAAUUAGAUAAUUUGAAACAUACAUGUGAGUUCCUAACAAGUAAUGAAUCUCUAAAGCAGCUAUUUGCAAUAAUUUUAACUCUCGGGAAUUAUAUGAAUGGAGGCAAUGGUCAGAGGGGGCAGGCUGAUGGUUUUGGUCUAGAAAUCUUAGCGAAGUUGAAGGAUGUGAAGUCAAAGCAGUCGACAGUAACGCUACUGCACUUUAUAGUAAAGACGUACAUGCGUCAACGAGGGGGCGCCCUGUCCACAGAAUGCACGCUGCCUGUGCCCGAACCGGGUGACGUACAGCGAGCGGCUGCUAUCGACUUCGCAGAUGUCGCUGCUAAUCUUGGGUCACUGCGGAAGCAGCUUGACGGAUGUAAAGAAAAAAUGAGCAAAGUCAUAGAUGCCUACGAGAGAAAUCCAGCUGAUGUGGCAAAUGAGAACAAAAGAAUAGAAGUUUUCAGAGAGAAAAUGACCACAUUUAUUGAUGCAGCCGAAGAAAAAUUAAAGACUGAAGAUGACAACUUGUCUGAGUGUAAAAAUAGAUUCAUAUCCACUGUGAAAUUUUACCAGUACAAACCUAGGUGCGGCAGUGUUGAAGAUUGUGAACCUAAAGAGUUUUUUUCAUUAUGGACCUCAUUUUGUAGUGACUUCAAAGACAUCUUUAAAAAAGAAGAACAGCUGGCAAUUAAGGAAAAGUUAAAAGAAACGAAAAAAAUGCAUGAAGUACGAAAAGCUCAAACUGUCACACAACCAAAAAAGGAAGGUGGCCUAAAGGCACGACUUCAAAAGUUGUCCAGUGUGUCCAGAAAAUGA